CGGUCCUUUCCUCGAAUCGCCCCCUCUGCGAGUGGACGUUAUCUACAUCUGUCCGUCGAAAAAAGCUUUUUGAAGUUCUUAUAUUCCCUCGAUUUUGAAUUUAAAGCAUUUGUUUACAUUUCAGUGUCUUCUUAGUGAUUUAGGGAUGAAAAUUUGGACAAGCGAGCAUACUUUCAAUCAUCCAUGGGAAAAAGUUGUGGAAGCUGCAUGGCGCAAAUAUCCGAAUCCAAUGAACCCUGCCGUGACUGGAAUAGAUGUUGUUGACAGACAAGUCUCAGAUGGUGUGCUUAUAACAAAACGACUCAUCGCCUCCCAAUGGGGCUUGCCAGGAUGGGCAGUCAGUAUCGUCGGACCAACUAGUGUGUGCUAUGCAAAAGAGUAUUCUACUGUCAAUCCAGAAAAAAAAACCAUGGAAUUGAAAUCCAGAAACCUCACAUUUGGAUCUAUGAUUGCUGUAGAUGAAACUCUUAGGUACGAAUCGCACCCAGAUGAUGCAUCGAAAACAAAGUUGAGUCAAGAAGCUGUUGUGACCGUCCAAGGAAUUCCUCUUUGUAGCUAUGUUGAAAAUUUACUAACCAGCAAAAUUUCACACAAUGCCAACAAGGGGCGGCAAGCAAUUGAGUGGGUGAUAGACAAAAUUGAAACAGAAGUGAAGGAUUUGAAAAACUCAGCAGUGAAAAACACAGAUGAAAUCCUAAUGAAUACGAAAAAAUCCUUCGGAGAAAUUACGACAGCUGCUCGGAAAUCCAUAGACGAUCUCCACAUAGGAAAUCAGAGCAGUCAAAGUUAUCCGGAGGUGUAAGUAUGCACCUCGUCACGUGAAUACAUUGCCUGCCGGCUGACGAUUACAGUGUGAAUUCAGAUUUUGGAUUGCUCCCACCGCCAAAAUUUUCACCUCUAUAGAUAAUUAAACAAUGCUUAUAGUCUGUCGGAGAGUCAGAAUUAAUUGCACUAUGUAGAAGCAAGGGUAGCGUUUGAGCUAUUGUAAGAUGAAGACACUGAACCAACCCUGUAUGGUGGCGCACCGCACAGAGGGCUGGCUCCUCAUGAAUCGCUUGCCCCACCACGCCGCUCGGCGCCUAGUACAGGAAUUUUUGGCUCCAGGUUCAAAUCCCGGGAAAAACCGCCGCUCCAAGACCCAUAGCCUCCUGUGCGGUGGCUGAUGCCUGCACAAAACCCUGAAAAGUGACAGUUGACAAGGGUGGAAACACCCUCACCCUUCAAAACAGUGCAAAUUAUUCCGACUUUCCACGAUUCUUUCCAUCUCGGACAGACUAUAAUAAUUUUCUAAAGAGUAUUAAGUCGGUUUCAGGUGCAGUUCCAGUAUUUAUUGGAAAGUCAAAUUUAUUUUUGUAUUUCCUUUGUGAUAAACAGUUGUAGUACGUUGUUUUAUUUGAGAGCUCAAUGUUUUCAAAUUUCUUCAUUUUUUAAAGUUUAACUUUUAUUCGAUUUUUAUAACAUACACCUGCCAGAGUUCACCGACAAUAACAUUCCUCAGCCGGAUUCAAAUUAAUUGUGAUGAUUUUUCCUCAUAAUUUUGGUGCUCCUGUGCAUCGCGGACUCUUUUCAAAGAGAAAUUGGUCAGACCACUUUCUAUGCAUGAUUUUGGAUUUUUUCUGUGAUUUCAUAUGUAGCCGUUUUGUAAUCUCUUAUAUAAAUGUACCUUACUCCUAAUUAUCUGUUAUUUUGUGCUAAAGAUAACAACAUGGAAAUUUAUUGUUAUAAUAAAGCAAAAUUUUUAUAAUCUA